GGUUUCCUUAAUGUCAUUUGGUAAAACAGAGUAACAGUCUGCGUGGACAUGGCCAUUGGUGGAAACCAAAAAAAACCCUUAAGAUAGCAAAAACUUGCCGUGGUUUCACAAGGACUGCUCUGCUAUGCUCUGCGUUCUUUGCUCGAUUGGCCAACCAACCAAAAAUAUGCAUCAACUUUCACAAAUUUCGAUCCGUAAAUUGUUAUUCAGACACCCUUUGAAUCGACUCCCAAAACCCACUUCCAUUUCUACCCUCAACUCGCUCACAACCACUUCAACUCGGCGAUUUGCAAACUCGGCUCCAUUGCCCAAACCCGGGAUUUCCGAUAUUCUAACCUGUAUUAACCAACGUUUUCUUCACCCAAAUAUCUCAAUUUCACCGACCCAGUUCGUAUCUCUCCCUAAUACGAGAGAAUACAGUAGCGAACCGGGUGGUGAUUCAGUUGCUGAGUUUGACGAGAACAAAGAGGUGGAUAUGAUCAACCUCAAGUUUGCAGAGGCAAGGGAGGAGAUAGAGAUGGCUAUGGAGUCGAAAGAGACUGUCUACUUUGAUGAAGAAGCUGAGUGUGCCCGUGCUGCUGUUAAGGAAGUGCUGGAUAUGUUUGAGGGGCUAUUGGCUAAGUUGCCAGAGAGCAAUAAAGCGGCAUUGCAGAGGUCGAUGGGGCUCAAGAUUGAGCAGUUGAAGGCAGAGCUUCAACAGCUCAACGAUUAAUGAGGUGGACUCUUAACCUCCAUUAACAAUGCCACAACUUCCUUCAUGGUAGGCCGUUCGGUGGGUGAAGAGUUUACACAAAACAUAGCUAUUCCAAGCGUCUGAAGCAUCUCUUGCACCAUUUGAUCAGGCAAACCUUGGAG